CGCAGUGCCGCGCUCCGGGAGGGGGGCGGACAGAGAGUUCGGGGCUGGUGGAGAGCGGAGUCAGAAACCUCCCCGGAGGGGGCCCCAUGUAAUUCGAUGCAUGCUGUUAAAGCUUAGAGCAUAUUGUCUUCCCUUUUGCUUACCAAGCCUCCACCCAUACACCAACCCACCCGGCCGGGCCCACCCUACAUUUAGCGGAUCAUGUGACUCGGGGUAAGUCAUUUGCAAGUACAACAGUUCACUGUGCGCUCCCAUUCAUUUCCUGAGAGAAGCGAGUGAGAGAGAGCGCGCAGCUGAGAGAGAGGCAGAAGGGGAGGGCGCCGCGCUCACACGCACACGCCGUCACGAGCGCUCCAAACACGCGUCCACGGAGAGGAGGAGACGAGACGGAGAGGACUGGAGGACGGAGAGCAGCCUCCGAGUCUCCGCGGCUCUGCAGCUUCUGACCAGGCAGCCUAAGAAGCAGGAUGUUAAUGCUUGACGGAAUGCCUGCAGUCCGAGUCAAAGCUGAGCCCCUGGAAUCGGAACAAGGGUCACCUAAAGUGCGGCAUUAUCCUGUGAUGGACGGCAUCCCCUUCUAUCUCAGCAGAGUGAAACCCGAACACCCAGAAAACCUGCUGGGCUACGACUUGAACUUCCACACACAGACUGAGCCUGUGGACCUGUCAAUCAACAAACCCCGCCCCUCUUCCUCCUCCACCACCACAACCUCCUCGACAUCCAUCCUCAGAUCCGCCUUCUCCCCAUCGUCUUUAUCGUCCUCCUCCACCUCCUCCUCUUCCUCCUCCUCACCGUCGGUUAUCACCUCGGCCUCAUCGGUGCUCACACCGGGCCCUCUGGUCGCCCCCGGCAGAGGGUUGAGAGGUCAGCCAUAUUUGCACAUCCUGCAGUCUGUGCCACCGCCUCCAUCCAGCCCUCUGAGCCUGCAGGGAGCAGGAAAGCUGGCCAGCCAUGUUCACCGCAUCCCCGUUGUGGUUCAGUCGCUGCCCCUCAUGUACACCACUGCUGUGCGUUCACCCUCCAGCCUCAACAACGCUAUGAUGCUACCUCUGCUGGAAGAGGCCAAAAGCCAGGGAAAAGCACACACAGACCUCAACGGCCUGUCGCCAAGGCAGAUCAAAAGUGACAGCGACGACGAUGACCUGCCAAACGUCACCCUGGACAGUGUUAAUGAGACCGGCUCCACGGCGCUGUCUAUAGCCCGAGCUGUACAAGACUCUAUGUCUCCAUUCAGUAUUGAAAGCAUCCGACGCCCCCGGAGGUCCGAGUCACCAGACUCCAAAAAGAGAAGAAUCCACAGAUGUGACUUUGAGGGCUGCAAUAAAGUUUACACCAAAAGCUCACAUUUAAAAGCACACCGGAGGACACACACAGGGGAAAAGCCAUACAAAUGCACCUGGGACGGCUGCACCUGGAAGUUCGCCCGCUCCGACGAGCUGACGCGGCAUUACAGAAAGCACACCGGAGUGAAACCCUUCAAGUGCGCAGACUGUGACCGCAGCUUCUCCAGAUCCGACCACCUGGCCCUGCACAGACGGAGACACAUGCUGGUGUGAGCCACACAGAGCAGCUCAAAGAGGGUCGCGGCAAAAACAAAAACACAAAAGAGAGACACAAAACACGCAUGUACGUACGCACGCACGCAGCCAGGCAGGCAGCCCGGGGAGCGGGAUCUCCCCGUGAAUGUUUUCAGCUGGCCUGGAUCCCCACAAUCACACACACACAUAUACAGCCAUCUUUUCUAAGGAGAUGGACGAAGGUGCACAGAGCUUACGGAGCAGAAAACAGGGUCACUUCUGGAUCCUCUGGCUUUUCAAGAUAGACGCAGAAGGAUCUUUUAUUGUCGAUGUUUGAAAUAUAAUAGGGAACUCUUUAAAAAGCACUGUUUGUUAAUGUUUUGCUUGGAUUUUUAAGAUGAAGUCGCACUCUAUUUGUACUCAUGCAGACAAACGUGUUUGUUUGUGGACACACUUUCCUUUCAUUGUUGUUAAGGCUGCUGCUUCUGCAGCAUUCAUAAUGUGAAGGACCCUGUUGGGAGGUUUCCUGUCAGAACAGGAAGGAGCUGGACCUGGAGCGGAUCACAGGAUCACAUCUUGGGCACAGUUGGAAUUAUGAUUUUUUUUCCUUGCAUUUCCUCCAAGUGACCAGUAGAGGGUACUAUUUCUUCAUGGAUGGAUUCUUUUUUUUUUUUUUUUUUAACCCAUUUUUUUCAAUAAUCUGCUGGAAUAUCCGUGACGCCCCCUACACAAGCUAACUUAAAAAAGCUCAACCAGAAGACAGUAAGGAACUGUUUGAGUCACAGCCUGGAAGGAUCAACCUCAUCAGCAUCCUCUGCAAUCAUCGCACACCAGCAACAGCGCUUCAGGAUCCUCCUCACACGGGCACACGCAUCUUUCUUUUUCACGUUUCAUAAUUUGCUACAGAAGAAAAAGAAACAAAAAACUUUUGUUGUGUAUUUUGAGCUGUGAUUAGCAAUCAGUAAAGUGCAAUCUUAAAGAUAAAUGUACUUUCAUGAAUCUUGCUUUUUGGUUCUUAAAUGCCUGUUUAUUGCUUAUGUUUGACGAAUACACCUCCCCUCAUGUAGAGCCAAUUUCAAAACAAUCAGAUUUUUUUUUUUUUUUAAAUAAGGCACCUUAGAGAUCUUCAUCCUUAUUUUUGAGGAGCACAACAAGCAGCCGAAGCGUUCCAGGACAGAAGAGCAAUACAACCGUAACUAAAGUGCUGAGCUGGAGCCUCCUCAUUGGCCCUCUGGUUGAUGUCAAAAUCCGAGGAGGGGUUUCCAUCUCAUUGGCUGUAUAUGAGAACUGGACUGGUGUUCCAAACAGGAAGUGGUUCCAAGAAGACAAAUUCCCAUAGAAUUCUAUUGAGAAAUAAAUAGCUAAAACUCAGUGAUUCCAUUUGUCAGAACAACCUUUCUUGCCCCGAUACAUUUUUAACAUCCAUCUUCUUCCACUCAUCCCAGCCCGGGUCACGGGGUCAGUUUAAGCAAUGAUACCCAGACUUCCUUGUCCCUGGCCACUUCCUCCAGCUCCUCUGGGGGGACCCCAAAGCAUUCCCACCACCACUAAGUCUGAGGCUAUGGUUCUUGAGAUGUAGUUUGGCCUCUCUGGAUGGGUGGAGUCCUCCUGCCCCAAGUGGAGGAGUUCAAGUAUCUUGGGGUUUGGUCAUGAGUGAGGGAAGAGUAUGAGAUUGGCAGGUGGAUUGGACUACUGUUAUGUUGUGGUGAAGAGAGAGCUGAGCCAGAAAUAAAAGCUCUCAAUUUACCGGUUGAUUUUCAUUCCAGUACUCACCCAUAGUCAUAAGAUCUGGGUCGUGACCGAAAGAACGAGGCCCUCAUUACUAACGGCUAAAAUUAGGUUGGCUGACCGCUCCUUUAGAGAUAGAAUGAGAAGCUUGGUCACCCGGAGAGAGCUCGAAGUAGAGCCUCUUCUCCUCCUCAUUGAGAGGAGCCAGGUGACUCGGGUGGUCCAGAUGCCUCCUGGACGCCUCCUUGUGGAGGUGUUCUGGCCAUAUCCCACUCCAGCUAAAACCAGUUCUUGCUAAUCCUAUUUUUUCAAUCAGAGGCCUCAAUCAAAACAUUUAGUUGACUGAUUCUCACAAGUCUGCCUUCAAGUGGUCGGGGGUGUGGCCUUUCACUCCUGAUUGGUGAAAGUGGUUGCCAUAGAAAUGGUGACUUAGACCAUCUUGGACCAAUCACAGCUUAUGCUACGGUCACGCCGCAUCGGCAGAAUCUUCAAGAUUUCAGGCCGCCGCCCAAUUUUUUUGAACAUCGUGGUCAUGAAUAUAGACGUGGCCGUCAAGCGUCCAGAAUUCCCCUGGGGUACUGAUUGGCCGGCAGCCGGUGGCAAUGAUACGGACGGCUGUCUCCAGGGACAUUUAUGCAUCAUCCAAUCAGAGCUGCUGUAGCCGCCCAGUUGCUCGAUUUUGUGAUGGUGUCAUCCCCUCCUGUCACUGGAAUGCCACCAUGUGACUUUUAGAGAAAAAUUGUCCGGUUGCUGUAAACUUUUAACUCUAUUUUAAAACCUCCAGCAUAGUACGUUAUAAUGCAAAUGCGACAAUCUGCCAAAUUUACUAAAAAACUUACAUGUGGGUCUCUGCUUGGGGACAUUUUAGCCUUUCUGACGAUUUCUGGUUCCAACAUGGCGACUGACUUGACUUCAUUUUGUUGGAAUCGCUGAGUGAUGUCACACUCACUCGGUCCAGUUCUCAUAUACAGUCCCAUCUCUGUCCCCCUCUGAUGUGGUUCCCUUCACACUUUCACACAUGUUCUUGUUUGUCAAAUACAAAGAAAAACACCUCCUCACACAAAUCCCAACAUCUACUGAUUACAAUCUGAUCAAAAACAUAUGUUAAAAUAAAACACUUAGAUACGCAAAUAUUAAUAAAACACAAGUGUGUACCAAGUUCCACAUCUAUCCUGUGUAAUAUUCAGAAGAUUGCUUGGUGUUAAUCAGGGAAUUAGACUCAAAGUGUGUUUUUAUAGUCCUCAUUACAGACAUUUAUGCGGGUGUUUCUGGUGCUCUUUCAGCUUCAUAAAAGCUUCAGACAGAAAGGAUCAGGCCAACCAACCAUUUUUGAACGCUCUGCCAAAUGCAUAGAUUGGACAGAAGCCAGCAAAAAGGAACACUUUGAUUAUGGUACCUUGAAAUCCGUAUACACUAAUACACACACACACGUACAGACACACACAAGCAUGCUUUUGACAGUUAAGAUCAGCCAAAUCCAAGGAGGUCCGCACAUCAUUCUCUUCAGAAGGAUGUUCUCACUAUUUAUGGAUUUCCUUUCAUUACAACCGGUUGUAUUAUCAUUUUGGUAAAAGCAUAUCAGCACCUUCUUGUUUGUUUGUUUGUUUAUGUAUUUUUCCAGAUAAUUUUAUUUUAGAUGUCAAUUUAUUAGCAAAUAAUCAUCCUUUUAUCAUCCAUUUAAUGUAUUAAGACGUGUUUUGAUCGAGUCGCACUCGAUGGUUGCUUAUAAUUCUCUUUUCUGUACAAAAAAAUUUUGAAAAAUGAUCUUUUUGUUGUAAUAUAUGUGAUAGUGGAGAUUAAAAGCUAUUAAAGAAAAAGUUCUACAACCUGUAAAUACAUUGGAAAAAUAGGGCUUUUGAUUAGCAGAUGCAGGAAUCACAAUUUAUACGUGUAAAGUCUUUUCAGAGACUGUAAUUUAUCUAAUUUGAUAAACAGUAAAAAAGGGGCUAAAUGUUUAUUCCUAUAAAUUAACAUGGAUUUUUUUCCAUCUUUUUUGCAUUUUUUUAGAUCUUUUUUUGUUUGAGGCUAAAUCAGUGUUUGCUAUAAUCAAAAAAUAAUAAUUUCUACACAUUGAAAGGUGAUCGAUCCCCAGUGUGUUUUUGUUCUAUCCACACAAGUAUUUUUUCACAAACCAAGCACAUAUCAGCAGCACGUGUACUUCUGUAUUCAGUAUAUGAUGCAUGCUUGCCUUAAAAAAAAAAAAAAAACAGGUUAACGACAAAUUCAAUUAGACUUGAAGGUGGCGUCUCCACAGGACAGGGUGGAUUGUAUUUCCCUACCGCAACUUUCCUUGUUUUUUUUGGUCAUUGUUUAAAGCAUAAUUUUGUUAUGGUAACCAGGGUCAAAGUUAUGCAAUAAUAAAUGAAUAGUGCCUCAUAUCACAAACUUGUAAUAUCGCCUGCUCUGUGCAGAGUUUUGAUUCCAACAUGUCAAAUCCUGCAUUUGAAACAACAAUAAAAAAAAAUAGUGAAUUUCGGACAUAAAAAUAAAGAAAAGCACAGACUAAAAUAUGCAAGUGGGACCUCGAACAUUGUUUUUUUUUUUCUUUUUUUUUCGCACUGAGCCUUAUACCAUUAUGUCCAAACGCCACAAAUCCUCCCUUCAUGCUUGUUUCGCUUGACAUUGUUCCUUUGCUUGCAAUAAGUCACCUCAUUUACGGGGAAUCCGACGAAGGCCUCUGGGUGUGUCAGCUUUAGCAGGUUAGCUUAACACGACGUGGAAGAAAAUCAGGAUCCUUGUUCAGGAAUCGGCACAUUUGUUACUGACCUUAAACCUCCUCUGACUUUGUUCAAUAUUUGACUUUUUUUUGUGUGUAACAUCUGCGGUUAAUUUUUACUGGUUUUUUGAAAGUUUAAGUAGUGAAGCCAAUGCCUAUGUUUCAAGUUUGCUGAUAUUCCGUACGGUAAUCGUUGUUUCUGUAUUUAUGUAAAGUGAGUGUAGUGUAAAUAUAUUCAGAUCUUUUCAUUCUUGCCGUUACUAAUUGUGAUAUUGCUCAGCAUUUCUUCAAAAAGGGAGUCAUGGAAUUCCACAUCUGUAAAAGAUAAAUGAUAUUUUUCAAAUCCUAAAAAAGUGUUUUUCUUUUCAGCUUUUUUUUUUUUUUUUUUCAAAAAGUUGUUUAAGUAUCAAGUCAGUGUUUUUGCCUUUUUCUCUGUAUUUUUCAUAUGGAUGGAGCUGUGAAAUUAAAAUAAGUGCAAGCAUAAACAUGUAUAUUGAUAUGAAUGGAGGCAUGAAGGUUAAUAAAGUUGCAUUUUGUAUGUAACAGACUAGGAUGGAGCUAUGACUGAGGAUGAAGGCGAGUCGGAUCAGAUUCAAUCGUGGUCAAAACUCACAUUUUCACAUAGGAACCUUCACAUACUGGAACAGAGUUAUGAGACACACUUUGUUUCUGUGUCUAUAAAAAACAUUUCCAAAUGAUGAUAAUACAUUUUAUAUCAAUAAAGUUUUAAAAUAGCAUUUGAAUGAAUGAAAUCUAGGUUAAUAAAAUCAAAUUAUUGUACGAUAAUCUUGUUAGGUGCUAAACACGGUGGGGUGAGGUGAUGAUUGGGACUUAUUUUACAACUAAUUUAGCGUGCCGUUUUUUAAAAUCACCAAAUAUUAGAGGUGGGCAAAGUGGCAAAAAAAAAUUAAAUCUAAUGAUCUUACUUAAGUAAGAGUAAAAGUAGUAAUCCAGAGAACAAUUACAAAAUGACGUAAUAAACAACACAUCUAACCUAUGGUCUAGAAUUUAUUUACAUACACCCAGUUUAUAAAAAUGUGUCACUUUACAACCAAAGUUGUAUUCAAAAAAAGGCAAAAUAACACCAAUUGUCGUGUUUAAUUGUGUCACGGUUUGGAUAAUUUCUUGGUUCAAUAAAAAGUAAAAAAAAGAAACACAGGAAAAAACAAGAAGAUAAAAGCCUAAAAUUACUUUUUUU